UUACAAACACCGUCCGUUGAAAAAAAAAUGGUUUUCAAUUUUCAAUGUUUUCAUUUUUGAUUUUCCAUCGUUCGUUUUUCUCUUACAACUUUGUUGUUAGAAAAACAAAUGUAAAUUGAUACUUUCUCAAAAAUCGGCCAACUUCCAAAGGUGCGGUCUAUCAGCUAUCAUCAUCACUAUUUAACUGAAAAACCCAUCGCAAAUCGAAUUCGCAUAAUCAACUUUUCACGCGUAGGUACCAGGUUGAAUGAUAAUCGUUUUUUUGGAUAUGGUUUAUGAUUGUUGUCUCCUGAUUCCGACGAAAUUACGACCGCAAACGUCAGAGAAAUUUCGUAAACAAUAAUACUCGAGCUUUAUAUCGACUAUUAUGGAAGCAAAUCUGGACGAAACGACUGCAGGGAGUAAUCCCGGUAUCGAAGAUACAAGUUCGAUGGACGUUGACCAAGCGAACGAUAUUUUGAAAGUAGCAUCUCAUUCGGAGCCAUCGGAAAACAUGGACGAGUUCGAAACGGCUGCGAAGAAAGUGGAACAACCGUCGGAAUCGGGCGAAAACCAAAGUAUGGACGUCGAGCCGCAGAAUAGUUCGACUUUCUCGUUUUCUACGAAUAUCAAGCACGAAGAAGACGAUACCGGCGAAGCGGAUGCGCUGUCGACGUUAGCCUCGGCCGCUUUGGGCCAGGAUCAAGCGUUGAAGAACGAAUUAAAAGACGUUCCCAAAGUAAUCGCUGUCCCGCAAAUGCCUCCCAUGAAAAUGGAGAGUUCUCCGUGGUGCGACGUUGGUAUUAUCAAAGGAACCUCGUGCGUGAUAAAACAUUUCUACCACACCAACCAUACUAACGAGCAUAGCGCUAUCAACUCCGACCAACUACCGGACUAUACCAAUUGCCAAAAGAUCGAAUUGCUACCGGGAACCGCGUAUAAAUUCAGAGUGUGCGCCAUCAACGCUUACGGUAGAGGCGAAUGGAGCGACGUAUCCGCCUUCAAAACUUGCUUGCCCGGUUUCCCGGGAGCGCCGUCCUCCAUCAAGAUAUCCAAAUCGGUGGACGGAGCGCAUCUGUCUUGGGAACCGCCGCCGGCCAACUCGGGCAAAAUAAUCGAGUAUUCCGUUUGUCUGGCCGUUAGAAAUGCUACUAUUCAGUCGCAAGGCGACUCCAAAACCAUUACCAGCGUACCUGGUCAACUGGCGUUUGUGCGCGUGUACUGCGGUCCGCAGAAUCAAGCCGUCGUGCACAAUUCGUCGCUAGCUGCCGCGCACAUCGAUACCACUACCAAGCCGGCCAUAAUAUUUCGCAUCGCCGCUAAAAACGACAAAGGUUACGGACCGGCCACGCAGGUCAGAUGGCUUCAAGAUACUCCGUCCUCAUCCUCCAAGUCUACUCCUUCUAGGCGUGAGAAAUCGCAGCAUAAUACUUCUUCGUCGAAGAAAUAUAAAAGCAUGAAUAGCUAUUAGUAUCAGCUGUACUGUACUCUUUUGCAUACAUUUAGAAGCUAAAGCGAUAGUAAUAGUAAAAAAAUAUAUAAGUUGAAGUAACAUUCGCUCACUUUAUAUGUAUAUAGAUUUGUAAUCUAAACGAUUCGAUACUUUAAGUUGUAAGUAUUUCUUCUUUUUUUUUUAAAUUAUCAAUUAUUUAUUUAUUAAUUAUAUGUUCUUUUAUUUCUC